AUGGCCAACUGCAGCCGACCAACAGAAAAUAAAUUUUGUCGCAUCACAGCUGAUGUUUGCGCGUAUCCUGGAGGUGACAACGAAGCAUACAUGGCGGUUCGAUCCCUUGCGAUCUACAGGAUGAAGAACGACGACUACUGCAUUCAAGUCUUCAGCCGUUUUGUGUGCGGGCUCUACUUUCCCCUUUGCCGGUAUCGAAUCACAGUGCCGCUCUGCUGGGAUUCAUGCUACACGGCAUUCAAGAGCUGUGCCGCUUCCUCCGGUGACAAGAUCGCUACCGCAAGGUGCAGUGACUUUGUUAUGUCGGGACAAGUGGCUGCACAAACUUGUGUCAAUGGAGUGGAUACAGUGCCAGUCUAA